GGGCGGUGGGCGCACCAGCUCAGGGACUGCCACCGCCGGGCCGCCCGCCCUAUGAGCGCGAUGCAGCGCCGCGCCGCCCGGGGGCCCGGCCCACCGCCUCCCCCGGCCUGGGUCCGGUCUCUACAGCUGCUGCUGCUCGUGCUGGCUGCCCGUGGGGGCUGCGCCGCGCCAGCACCCCGCGCAGAGGACCUCAGCCUGGGAGUGGAGUGGCUGAGCAGGUUCGGCUACCUGCCCCCACCGGAUCCCGCCACGGGACAGCUGCAGACACAAGAGGAGCUGGCCAAGGCCAUUGCUGCCAUGCAGCGAUUUGGAGGCCUGGAGGCCACUGGCGUCCUAGAUGAGGCCACCCUGGCGCUGAUGAAAACCCCACGCUGUUCCCUCCCUGACCUCCCAGCUUCGGCCUCAGCUCGAAGGAGGCGCCAGGCUCCAGCCCCUACCAAGUGGAACAAGAGGAACCUGUCCUGGAGGGUCCGCACAUUCCCUCGGGACUCGCCCCUGGGCCGCGACACUGUGCGUGCGCUCAUGCACUACGCCCUCAAAGUCUGGAGUGACAUCACGCCCCUGAACUUCCACGAGGUGGCUGGCAGCGCCGCUGACAUCCAGAUUGACUUCUCCACUGCUGACCACAAUGACCGCUACCCCUUCGACGGCCCCGGUGGCACAGUGGCCCACGCCUUCUUCCCAGGCGACCACCACACUGCAGGGGACACCCACUUCGAUGAUGAUGAGGCCUGGACCUUCCGCUCCUCAGAUGCCCACGGCAUGGACCUGUUCGCAGUGGCUGUGCACGAGUUUGGCCAUGCCAUCGGCCUGAGCCACGUGGCGGCCACACGCUCCAUCAUGCAGCCUUACUACCAGGGCCCGGUGGGUGACCCCCUGCGCUACGGGCUCCCCUACGAGGACCGAGUGCGCGUCUGGCAGCUGUACGGCGUGCGGGAGUCUGUGUCCCCCACAGCACAGCCAGACACCCCAGAGCCCGAGGAGCCUCCCCCACUGCCAGAGCCCCCUGACAAUCGGUCCAGCUCCCCGCCCAGGAAGGACGUGCCCCACAGGUGCAGCACCGACUUUGAUGCCGUGGCCCAGAUCCGAGGCGAGGCCUUCUUCUUCAAAGGCAAGUACUUCUGGCGGCUGACCCGGGACCGGCACCUGGUGUCGCUGCAGCCAGCGCAGAUGCACCGCUUCUGGCGGGGCCUGCCGCUGCACCUGGACAGCGUGGAUGCUGUGUACGAGCGCACCAGUGACCACAAGAUCAUCUUCUUCAAAGGAGACAGAUACUGGGUGUUUAAGGACAAUAACGUAGAGGAAGGAUACCCGCGGCCUGUCUCGGACUUCGGCCUCCCGCCGGGCGGCGUCGAUGCCGCCUUCUCCUGGGCCCACAAUGACAAGACUUAUUUCUUUAAGGAUCAGCUGUACUGGCGCUACGAUGAGCACACGCGGCGCAUGGACCCCGGCCACCCCGCCCAGAGCCCCCCGUGGAGGGGCGUCCCCAGCACCCUCGACGACGCCAUGCGCUGGUCUGACGGUGCCGCCUACUUCUUCCGUGGCAAGGAGUACUGGAAGGUGCUGGACAGCGAGCUGGAGGUGGCGCCCGGGUACCCGCAGUCCACGGCCCGGGACUGGCUGGUCUGCAGAGACCUGCCAGCCGACUCUGAGAGCUUGGACGGAGAGGCUGGGACCCACGCGCGGCCAGGACAGCACGAGCAGAGCCGCGCGGAGGACGGCUACGAGGUUUGCUCCUGCACCUCCCUCGCUGCCCCUUCCCCGCGGGCUCCAAGCCCACCGAUGGCCACGCUGCUGCCUCUGCUGAGCUUCCUGUGGACAGUGGCCCUGGCGCUAUGACACUCGAUGCUGGCCUGAGUGGGACACACAGGGCACAGCCCCGAACCACGAAGUGCAAGGACUAGGCCCCUCCAGCACCUGGGGCAACCAGACCCCACCUCGAAGAUGAGGGCCAGCGGCCACAAGCUUCUGGGCGGAGGCCACCGGGUGCAGCCUCCCCAACUCGGCAGAGGCCAGAAGAGGGCGCUGCUCCCCGCGGAGGCGGGGGAGGGGGGAGAGCCUGGAGGUGACCUGACUGCCCGCUGUGAGCUGGGGAGACUGCGGGAGACUGCGUCUGGCCGGGGUGGGGGGGGGCCGGGAGCUGUCCUUUCCGAGAGCGCGAGUGCUGGAUCUCGGAACUUCCCCGGGGAGCCAGGGGUAGGCGGGGCUGGGGGCCGUAACAUUGGGCCUGCUUCCCCCAAGCCCCGCAGUCUCUGGAAAGAACAGCCGGGGAGGCUAAUGGGCACCUCCACCCCAUCACGUGUCCACACUGCCUCUUGGGUGCCUCCUCCCACUCAGGAGGCUUCCUUUCCUGGUCUCAGUGGGCCUGCUGGUUUGCCUUGAACAGGGCCCCCAACACACAGACGAGCCCCCCAGGGUGGGGCCAAGGUGGUCUUUCCUUGUGACAGCUUUCAAACACGACUCUCCCCACUUAUGUCUCAGGCUUGCCUCCCUGAGGUUCCCUGGUGGCGCUGAAUGUGGGCGUCCUCCCGGGCCUGGAGGGACUCUACAGCCUUGACCCCAGACCACCUGCACUCUGGGGAGGAUUCCAGGGAGGCCUUGCAAGUGGUCACCAGCACUCUCCUGUCCAGCCCUCUUUGACUCCCCUGUGCCCCUCUCCCCAACAUUACACCCAUUUCACAGAUGGGUAAGCUGAGGUCCAGCUCAGGGAAAUGAGCCUCCUGCCCGCAGGCGGCAGUUGGGCAGGGUCAGGUCUCAGAACCCAAGGUUCUGGCACAUUCCCCCAGUCUCCCCACCACCCCAUGGAUAGGGUGCCUCCCUGCACGUGCAGGUGCUGCUCCCAGAGCAAGGGACGUGCAGAACGAGACAAGCUCCAGUUCUAGGGCGAGGCACCUGGGACGCCAGGCGUGUGCCCCCGCGUGCUGCCCAACAGGAAAUGCAGGGAGGUGGCCUGGCCAGCCAAUCCAGGGACGCUGCCCCCUCCUGGCUCCUUCUGCUCCUGGCAUAAGUCCAGUCCAGGAUGGCAGGCGCUGCUCUCCCACCCAGAGAGAUGGAGAGUGGGAGCUGUACCCUCUUUCCUCAGGAGGGCGGCCUUUCCCAGAGCCCUGGCUGCCUGCCUGCUCACACAGGCAGCGAGUGAGGUAUCAGCACUUCUCCUUGGAGAGCGUGGAGAUGGGGCUGGAGGAGCCAUAGAUCCCUCCCCCAGGGGGUAGGGCCGCAUAGGUCGAGAACUCCUGGUCUGGAGGAAUCAGCACACACACGCACCCCUGAGGCUGGAGAGAGGCUCACACUUGCAACAAAAAGGGGGUUCAGUUAGGAAGAGGAUAGUAGGUGGGGUGAGCGAUGGGACACAACAGGGUGUGAAGAGCACUUGGGAGAGUUCUCCAGGUGGGGUACCCAGCCAGCCACAUCAUCAGCCCCAUAUGGAGUUGAUAGAAAUGCAGAUUCUCGGGCCUGCCCCUACCCUGCUGAUCAGAAGCCUAGAGGUGUAACCCCCCAUUCUAUAAGUGUAUGAACUGCUGCCUUGGGCGUUGGGGAGUGGUGGGCCUCCAGAAAGGCAGCCCCAGCAGGGGAAUGCAGCAGAAACAGGAGGAAGAGAGGGGAGAGGCCGGCGGGGAGGGGAAGGGGAAGGGCAGGUGCACACGACCUGGGGUGCCAUGGGCCUGCUUCAGCAGCAGAUCCUGCAUCCUGCAUUUCCCUUCAGCCAGAGAAUGUUCAGGAGGAGAGUGGGAGGUGCCCUGGAGGGCAGAUGCAGCUCAUGCACUGGGCCCGUAGGUUGCAAUAUCAUCAGGAUCCACUCCCUACACGAAGAGAAGUUAUCGACCCCUCCACCCCCAAACCCGCUCUAGGGCAGACAGACGUUCCCACUUUCAGAAGAGGGCACCGCUCCACACUCCCAUCCCUACCUGACCGCCAGGUAACAGGAGGUUUUGUCAACCCCCGGGAUGCCAAGAUGCCAUGGUCCUGCAGGCAGUUUCCAGGCCAGGCCCCACGCUCACUGAGCCAAGCCAGGCCACAUCCUACGUCCAUCUGUCCGCCAUCUGGUCCCUGGACCUGGAAGGGGUCUCUGCUGUCAGACCAGACCAGAGAGACUAAAGUUCAUCCUGAGGGAACAGGCUGCCCCUGCGUGGUCUCACUUUGUUCUCCAGCAGCCUGCAAGGCUGUGCAGGGAAGAAGGGCCAUCCUAGAUUCUUGCAUAGUUGGGGAAACAGCCCAGAGAGAAUCCCUAGGUCUCCCAGGCACACAGCACAUGGGGCAGAGCUGGCCGUGGACCAGGUCUGUAAGAAGCCAGGCUCUCAUGGUGAGUGGUAGUCUUACUGUUGUGUUAAAGUCAAACACUACUUUAUAAAACUUCCCCACUAGGAGUUCCCUGGUGGCUCAGUAAAUUAAGGAUCCAGCAUUGUCAUAGCUGUGGAGAGGGUCAGGGAACUUCUGCAUGCUGCAGGCGUGGCCAAAAAAUAAAAAUAAAAACAAAAAAAAAAUCCACUAAACAGUAGACAAGGAAGAGCUCAGGCACCAAAUAAACCCAUGGAAAUACU